AUGAGGGUCAUGUUGCAGCUUUUGACACUAAUGGUUGUCGGAAUUACGGCUGUAUCAGCCGGGAAAACCAAGUGUGUCUGUCCAGGGCCAUACCAUCCAAUGACGUUAUUUGACUUUUCAGACUUUUGCAUCAAAGGAACUGUAAAAGCGAAGAAACAAGUGUGGGUAGAGGAUGCACCCCAUGGUAAAGAUCCGGAAAAUAAACGGCAUGACAACAAAUACAGUGUGUAUGUCAAAAAGGUACUGAAGGGACCAUGUGAAAAGAAAACAACGAUGCAAAUCUAUUCAAAAGGGUGUACCAGUUAUUGUGGAAUGAAUUUAAAAGUAGGACAAACUUAUCUUCUUUGUGGCACCAUGAUUGGUAAUGAAUACUGGAUCAAUAAAUGUGGAUCUAAUAAGAAAUGGACAAAAGUGACGCCACACCAACAUAAUGCCAUUAAAUACAGAUAUAGACAACAGUCUGGGUGUAUGGAAAAAUGUCAGAUGAAUCCUAAAAAGCCAAAGCAUUGUUAAUUCAAUUAUGCAACAUGCCAAAGAAAAUAUUAUGGAUAUAAAUACCAUAAAGGUAUAGGCUACGAGUGUGAUUGGUAUAUCAGUAAAGGGGGUGGCUUUAAAAAGUGUUGUGAUGGCAAGGAUCCAUACUUUACAUAGG